UAGUAGCAAGCGACGACUGUACUUAAUUUUCUUUUCAAUUUUCACUUCGCCCCGAGAGCAUUCCUAGAAAAUGUCUAAUCCAGUGCCAUCCGAGCUAACGGAGCGCAUUUUAUUGCAUUUGGAGAGCGCUGAGCAGGCGGACAGCCUGCGGCUGGCCGAACAGUUCGGUAUCGAGCAUCAGAAGAUUGUGGGCGCUGUGAAGAGCAUUCAGGCACAUGGCGAGCGGCUGCUGGACGUGGAGUCAGUCACGCACAAGUCUCUCACCCUGACCGAAGAGGGCCAGGCCGUGGCGCAGAGCGGCAGCCAUGAGGCGAAUGUCUAUGCUGCGGUGCCGGAGCAGGGCAUUGGGCAGGCGGAGCUGCUCGCCGCUGGCGGCGGCAAUGCCAAGGUGGGCUUCAGCAAGGCCAUGUCGCAGGGCUGGCUCUGGCUGGACAAGAGCGUGCAGCCGCCGCUAGUGCGUCGCAAGGUGGCCACGAUUGUGGACCAGGUGCGCGAGCAGCUGCUGCAACUGGCCAAGCUGUCCGACAAGGAUUUGGCGGACUACAAGAAGCGCAAGCUGCUGCAGGAGUUGAGCACCAAGAGCUUACGGAUCAGCAAGGGCCCGGAGUUCAGCACGACGCUGACCAAGCUGGAAACGGACCUCACCAUGGAGAUGCUGGCCAGCGGGCAGUGGCAGCAGCUCAAGUUUAAGGCCUACAAUUUCGAUGCUUUGGGUGCGACACCGACGCGUGGACAGCUGCAUCCGUUGCUCAAGGUGCGCACCGAAUUUCGUCAGAUUUUCCUCGAGAUGGGCUUCUCGGAGAUGGCCACCAACAACUAUGUGGAGGCAUCGUUCUGGAACUUCGAUGCGCUCUUCCAGCCCCAGCAGCAUCCGGCGCGCGAUGCCCACGACACGUUCUUCAUCAAGCAGCCGGCUCUGUGCGGCCCGCUGCCCAACGACUAUGUGCAGCGUGUGAGCACCGUGCACUCGGUGGGUGGCUACGGGUCGCUGGGCUACGGCUACAAGUGGCAACUGGCCGAGGCCCAAAAGAAUCUGCUGCGCACGCACACAACGGCGGUGAGUGCUCGCAACUUGUUUCAGCUGGCCAACCGGGCGUAUGGCUUCAAGCCGGCCAAGUAUUUCAGCAUUGACAAGGUGUUUCGCAACGAGACCCUGGACGCCACACACCUGGCCGAGUUCCAUCAGGUGGAGGGGGUCAUUGCCCAAGCCGGGCUCACGCUGGCCGAUCUAAUUGGCACGCUGCACGAGUUCUUUCGCAAGCUGGGCAUCAGCCAGCUGCGUUUCAAGCCGACCUACAAUCCGUACACGGAGCCCAGCAUGGAGAUCUAUUGCUAUCACGGCGGUCUGGCCAAAUGGAUUGAGGUCGGCAAUUCGGGUAUCUUUCGGCCAGAGCUGGUCCGGCCCAUGGGCCUGCCGCCCGACGUCAACGUGCUGGGUUGGGGCCUGUCGCUCGAGCGGCCCACAAUGGUCAAGUAUGGCAUUAACAAUAUACGCGAUCUGGUUGGACCCAAGGUCGAUCUGAAAAUGGUCGAAGACGGGCCCAUUUGUCGCCUCGACCGCGAUUAACUUACAUGCAUUUUGCAGCACUGUUUGGCAAACUUAUCGAUAGCAAUUAAAUGGCUAUUCAGCUGCUAUCGAUUGCUUAUAAAUGUGCUUUGCUAAUCGAUGGCAGUGACUGUAGAGAUUGACUUUAGUUUGAGUCUGCAUUAAGUUUUGCAUGGUUUGACUCUGCUUGAGUAUUUGCAGGGUAUCUGCAAAGGCUAGACACAUUUGAUGCAGGAGCUUAUCGAUAUACGAUAAGCUCACUCAACUGAAUUUGCUGUGUUUACCCAAUUUAUAUAU